AUGCUCACAGUUGCUCAGAUGUCCCCUCUGGCAAGUCCUGUCUUGUCAGGCACUGCUUUGUUUGGCUGUUCAAUUCGUUGCCGCCGUCGUGCCAGGCCCGUGUACGACGGCGACUAUCCCGCGUGCAUGCGAUGCGCUUGUGGGGAUCGCCUGCCCACCUUCACGGACGAGGAGCGCGAGCUGCUCAAGGGAUCGAGCGAUUUCUUCGGGCUCAACUCGUACAGCUCGAACAUGGCGUCGCCCGGCAGGCCGCGCGGGCCGGGCUACUGGGAGGACAUCGGCGUGGAGUGGUGGCACGUUGAUCGCGGCUGGGAGAGGACGGACAUGGGCUGGCCAGUUGUCCCCUGGGGCUUCCGGGAGCUCUUGCUGUACAUUCAGGUGACAUCGCCACGCAUGCGAUGCGAAUUCCGAGUGCACCCCAUUCCGUUGACAGAAGGAUUGGCUCAUGUAUGA